AUGGCUGAAGAAUUGAGCAAGAACUUUGAGACUCUCCAGCUCCAUGCGGGCCAGGAACCCGACCCAACCACAAACUCGCGCGCCGUCCCAAUCUACGCGACAACGAGUUUCACCUCCAAUGACUCCGCUCACGGCGCGAGGCUCUUUGGCCUCAAGGAGUUUGGCAAUAUUUACAGCCGUAUCAUGAACCCCACCGUCGACGUCUUUGAGAAGCGCAUCGCCGCGCUCGAAGGCGGUGUCGCGGCCCUGGCCACAUCCUCUGGCCAAGCCGCCCAGUUCAUCGCCAUCAACGCCCUCGCGCACGCCGGCGACAACAUCGUCUCCACCUCGCUGCUGUACGGCGGCACAUACAACCAGUUCAAGGUCUUCCUCCCCCGCCUCGGCAUCCACACAAAGUUUGUCGACGGCGACCGCGUCGAGGACAUCGCCGCCGCCAUUGACGACAAGACCAAGGCCGUCUAUGUCGAGAGCAUUGGAAACCCAAAGUACAACGUCCCGGACCUCGAGGCUAUUGCCAAGGUUGCGCACGAGAAGGGCGUCCCCGUCGACAACACCUUUGGCGCAGGCGGCUACUUCAUCCGCCCCAUCGACCACGGCACCACCAUCGGCGGUGUCAUCGUCGACAGCGGCAAGUUCAAGUGGGACAACGGCCGCUUCCCGCAAAUGACGGAGCCCUCGGACGGCUACCACGGCCUCAAGUUCUGGGAGACGUUCGGCCCCAUCACCUUCAUCAUCCGCGCCCGCGUUGAGAUCCUCCGCGACCUCGGCGCCUCCCUGAACCCCUUUGCCGCCCAGCAGCUCAUUAUCGGCAUCGAGACCCUGUCGCUGCGCGCCGAGCGCCACGCGCAAAACGCACUCGCGCUCGCCAAGUGGCUCGAGGCUAGUGACUACGUGAGCUGGGUGUCGUACCCCGGUCUCGAGAGCCACCCGUACCACGAGACGGCCAAGAAGUACCUCAAGCGCGGAUUCGGUGGUGUCUUGAGCUUCGGCGUCAAGGGCGGUGGUGAUGCUGGUAGCCAGGUUGUUGACGGCUUCAAGCUCAUUUCCAACCUCGCCAACGUCGGUGACUCCAAGACCUUGGCUAUUCACCCCUGGACCACCACCCACGAGCAGCUCUCCGACGAGGAGAAGACGAGCUCCGGCGUCAGCGAGGACCUCAUUCGCAUCUCGGUCGGCACGGAGCACAUUGACGACAUCAUCGCCGACUUUGAGCAGUCCUUCAAGAAUGCCUCCUCCGCGUCUACCACGGGCAAGCCCGCCCCCGCGGCCGAGACCAAGCAGGACGACGCGCCGCUUGCGCCGUAG